AUGGGUGGAACUGCCUCCAGCCAGCUGGACGAGAGCAAAUGCACUUAUAUCCAAGGCAAAACUGAAGCUGCCUUCAAAAACUUCAGCCCACACUACAGUCGCCAGUAUUCUGUGGCCUUCUGCAACGAUGUCUGGAAUGAAGUUGAACAGCAUAGAGACUCGAGGUCCCAAUUCUUAAAAACUAAGCCACCUUUGGAUACGGAGACUGUCUUGUAUGAAGGAGAGCUGUCACAUUUUGCAGAUGAUCUAAAAAAAUGGAAAGACAGAUACAUCGUGGUUAAAAAUGAUUUUGCAGUGGAGAGCUAUGAGAACAAAGAGGCCUAUCAGAAAGGAGCCAGUCCUAAAAGUCGAAUUCUUCCAGCAGGCGGCAAAGUUUUAACAUCUGAAGAAGAUUACAAUUUAUUAUCUGACCGACAUUUUCCUGAUCCUAUUGCAUCCAGUGAAAAGGAGAAUUCUCAGCCCUUCGUUGUUUUACCAAAAGAAUUCCCAGUGUACUUGUGGCAGCCCUUUCUCAGACACAACUACUUCUGCUUCCAAGAUUCAGGAGCCCAAAAACAGUUCAGCGCUCUACUGAAUGACUGCAUUCGGCAUCUAAAUCACGAUUAUUUGAAGCAGAAAACAUUUGAAGCCCAAGCCUUUUUAGAAGCAGUGCAAUUUUUCCGGCAGGAGAAGGGUCACUAUGGAUCAUGGGAAAUGAUCACUGGGAAUGAAGUCCAGAUUUUGAGCAACCUAGUGAUGGAAGAACUCUUGCCAACUCUUCAGACAGACCUUCUACCCAAAAUGAAAGGAAAGAAGAAUGACAGGAAGAGAGCGUGGUUUGGUAUUUUAGAAGAAGCCUACAACUUGGUCCAACAUCAAGUUUCAGAAGGAUUAAGUGCUUUGAAAGAGGAAUGCAGAACCCUGACAAAAGGCCUAGAAGGGACCAUUCGUUCAGACAUGGAUCAGAUCGUGAACUCAAAGAACUUCUUGGCUGGAAAAAUCAGAGUUAUGGUGGCCGAACCUGCCGGACGAACUUGUGCAGAGAGUGUGCAACCGUUCCUGUCUUCCAUACUGGAGGAACUCAUGGGACCAGUGAGCUCUGGGUUCAGUGAAGUCCGGGCCCUCUUUGAAAAAGAGGUGAAUGAAAUCAGUCAAAGUUUCCAGACCAACAAAGACCUCACUCAGCUGAAAGAGCACUUGGACCAGCUGUUGAAUCUCCCACUGAACUCAGUGAAGAUGGAACCUUGUUAUUUGAAAGUUGACCUACUCCAAGAACAACUCCAGGACCUCAAGAGCCGCUUCAAGUUCCCCCACAUUGAUUUGGUGGUUCAGAGGACCCAAAACUACAUGCAAGAACUCAUGGAAAAUGCAGUCUACACUUUUGAGCAGCUUCUAGCUCCCCAUCAACAAGGAGAUGUAUCAAAAAUCUCAACAACCAUUGAAAAAGUCAAGAAACGAGUCUUAAAGCAAUAUGAUUAUGAUAGCAGCACCAUCCGGAAGAUGCUAUUUCAGGAGGCGCUCGUUCAGAUCACACUGCCCACCAUGCGCAAGGCAUUGGCAGCAACGUGCAAACCGGAACUUCAGAAAUAUGAGCAGUUCAUCUUUGCAGAUCAUACCAAUGUGAUCCAGGUUGAAAAUGUCUAUGAGGAGAUUUUGUAUCAGAUCCUCCUUGAUGAAACUGUGAAUGUGAUAAAGGAGGCUGCUGUUCUCAAGAAACACAAUCUUUUUGAGGACAAUAUGGCUUUGCCUUGUGAAAGUGUGUCCAGCUUAACUGAUCUAAAAACCCCCUCUGGGUCCAACCAGGCCAGUCCUGCCAAGAAAUCAUUGAAAGGCUUGGAAGCAAUUUCAGACCAUGAAAUAUCAAGUAAUGAAGUGUUCCUCAUGUCAGAGGAGAAGAAGAGCUCAGAGGCCCAUCCUGAGUGUGCAUAUCCUUCUGCCAGAGAAGAAAACUUGCCUUUCUUGCUGGCUAGCCCUUCUCUAAAUGCCAGUGAGAAAGUGAUUAUUACUAGAAUGUUUGACCAGGUCGAUUCAUCCCCUUUGGUUCUAGCAGCCCAAGAGGAAAAGGCAGAUCUUCCAAGCACAAACACACUUAGGAUGGAGUUUGGAGGAAUUCCCGAGAAAGCAAACCAGUCUGGGGAGAAAAUUCUUGCUCCAGACUCCUUGAGUGAGAUUAGAAAUUUGUUGACAGUGACUAUCGAGGUGCCAACAGAUCCUGCCCAGAAGGAAAGAGGAGAAGCUAUGGGGGAUGAUGUGAACCAGCAGGGGAAAGGAAGUGAGAAUGGAGAAAAGAAAGAAGAAACCCAAAUUAAUAAAGAAGCAAAACCAACAUCCAUAUUCCAUUGGGAAGACCGCACUUUUGGUGAGCUUAGUGCCAAGGUAUCUUUUCCUUCCAGUCCCGAGACCAGUGGUACAAGUUCGAUGCAGUUCCCAGAAGUGGGAGGCUGUGGGCCUCAGCCAGAUUGUGUUAAACUCUCAGGAGAACACAGAGAAGGGGAAACAGAGUCAGAAGCUGCUACCAGUGUCUGGUAUACUGAAGCAGACAAUUGUAAAGUUCCCAAAAGUGAUCAAUUGCCAAUAACAAGUAUGUAUAAAGGGGGCACUUCACUGUUGCAAGAAUCAGAAAGUGCCCAACUCCAGGACAUCCCCAAAGGAGCUGAAAUGGAAAGUUCAUCUGCCUUUUUUCUUAAGAGUAAGCUUUUAACUAAAGAAGAUUGCAUUUUGAGUGCUGACCCCACCAAAAUGGAAUCUGCUGGGCAGAGCUUCAUUUCUCUGAAGCAAGAGAAAGAGAAUAAUCCCCUUGCACAAAUAUAGGUACCCAAAGAUUCAGAACCCCAAUAGCUUAAUAAUGCUGGUGGAAUGACAAGUGCCAGUGGAUACAUGAAAAUGUUCCAGGCAUGAAAGACAAAAUCUCCUUGUAAAAAUAACCAGGAGAGCUAUACAGAGCACCAGUCCGAAAAUUAGCCAAGGUAUAGUGGUGGGAGAGUUUCUCUCUAAAAACAAUCAGUUAAGAAUUAUUAGGAGAUUUCAUUUAGGGUUUUCAUGCAGGUUUCUAUGAGAAAAAUAUUAUAAGUCUUGCUGCACAGAGGUUACAUGUGAUUGGGCAAUCUUUUAUUAUUAAACCGCAAGCUCCUAUUAAUAAGCAAUGUUAUUCUCGAUGAAAAGGAAAAAAAAGAAAAAUAUUACAAGAAGAUCCUUUAAACUAAAAAGUGAAACCCAAAAGAAAGCCUUAGUUACCAUAUCCAAGCAGCAGCCCACCCUGGCAAGGCAAACUGUUCUGAGGAAAUGAUUGCUUCAGUUUUCAUAAGAAUUUCAAAAAUAAUGGAGUAUCCUGAUUUAGGAAGGACAGAGAGAGAGGGA